AGCCUCCUAUCGUCGGAGCCUCAAGCCUCGCAGGCGCCGUAGCCGGGCCCCCGUAAGAAGCCGCCCCCGUCCGCGCCCGAACUCCGGGGCCACAUGGCUGCUGCUACGCUCGACCCCAACUCGCGCUGCCGCUCCUCGAGCACCGCGGCGAGCCCGCUGGAGGGCGGACGGCGCCCAGACCUCACGAUCGACUGCGACGACGGCAGCACGUCCAGCAGCGACUCGUGUGCAGGAGACCGCAGCCACCGCCGCCCUCGACGCCGCCCCCGCUGCCGCCGACCCCGUCGGGGCAGCCAGCGACCCCGAGCUCGGGGUCAGCGCUUCACGGCACCGGCGGCUGCAGGCCGUGCGCAUGGUUCUGGAAGCCCCAGGGCUGCGUGCACGGCCAGGCCUGCCACUUCUGCCACGAGUGCCCGGAGGACUGGCGAGAUCAGGCUGCGGAAGGCC